CUUCCCCUGAACCAUGUCUCGAUGAAUCGUCAACCAAUCCAAUUAGAGAGGUAUUGAAAACGCUAGAAUACUUCCGUACAUACUGCUAGGAACUAAGGAACUAAGCAGCCAAGCCACCUUUUAUUCGGAUCCGCCAGAGAAGACUUCUGUUCCUGCAUGACAAUUCCGUGUGCUGUGCACGUAGUCGGGUUCUCGGUCUUUCCGCACUAUCAGGUUCUAGUUAUUCCCCGGCUGGUGUUGUGUCAUCAUUUGACUGCCUGGAGGUGAUACGUGGAACGGUACAGUAAAGUACUGUAUUCCUUAUCGCCAUUCACAGCCUCCCUUACCAAUGUCUCGGAGUUUGCCCCCGUAACCCGUAACCCCCAUAUAAGACAAGGCGUGGCCGGCUUUGCCACCUUUCCGGUAUGCUCAAAAGUCCAAGUUCAGCUGUUGCCCAGUCGAGGAAACUUGUCACCACUGUUGCGCGAAUACAGCACGCCGAUAACAUCAAUCCUUCACAUAAGGCUAACACGCCCACCGAAGAAUCUGUUCCUGUGCCAUCUAGUAUACCUAUCGGAAGACCACCGCGAUUACGAAGGCCAAUGUUAGCCCCGAGGAGAGCCAAAGAGCAAACGCCGGAAGGGAAACCGGCCACUCAACCGCCUAGUAUGGGAAUGUUCCCUCUAGGCUACAAAGAAGCCGUAUACCAAUGGUGGAAUAGUGUCACCCCCACGAUAGCUGAACGUAACGUCAUAUCAUGUAUCCCAUAUCUUCGAGAAGCCGUCGCAUUGUCGACGAGCUCUGGCGCGGAUAUCCCGUCGGCAGAACAUCCUGGCGAGACUCAAACAUCGACAAAGAUCGAUCCUUACGGACCAAGAGUAUGGAAGUCUACAAUGGUUGCUUUGUCGGGCAAGAAUAGAGCUUUGAACGAAUUCUCCGUAGAGCGCAUCGCAGAACCAGUUGACGACACGCUAGUCAUGCUUCAUGGAUACGGAGCCGGUCUGGGAUUCUACUACAAGAACUUCGAGAAUCUAAGCCGUUCGGAGGGUUGGAAAAUCUACGCCUUGGAUUGGCUAGGAAUGGGCAAUUCCACCAGACCACCUUUUAAGGUGUGCGCAAAAGAUCAGGCCACCAAGAUCACGGAGGCAGAGAACUGGUUUAUAGAUGCGUUGGAGGAGUGGCGAAAAAUUCGAAAGAUCGAGAAGUUUACCCUUCUCGGACAUUCCCUAGGUGGAUACUUGGGUGUUUCUUAUGCGCUCAAAUAUCCAGGUCAUAUAAACAAGCUCAUUCUCGCCUCCCCAGUCGGGGUACCUGAGGAUCCCUACGCUGUCAACGCCGAUAUGCCGGAGCCCACUGAAUCGUCGUUUCAAGAAGAAUUUUCUACAGACCAACAGACGACAACUGAAGGGCAUGGGAACAGGGCUCUGAACGGAAACAUGAAAGGACAAGAACCUGACGCCAAUGCCCCGAAGAAGCGACCGUAUCCUCCAUGGUUGGUUUGGUUAUGGGAUGCCAAUGUGUCGCCGUUUAGCAUCAUACGAUUAGCUGGGCCACUGGGACCACGAGUCACUUCCGGCUGGACCUCUCGUCGAUUCAACCAUCUGACGCCGGAGGAGAAGCAGACUCUUCAUGACUACGCCUACUCGAUUUUCAAGCAAAGAGGAAGUGGCGAAUAUGCACUUCCGUAUCUCCUUGCUCCUGGCGCACACGCUAGGCGUCCUAUCAUCAAUAGAAUCCAACGUGUGGGUAGACAAGUUAUCACCCCCGAAACCGGAUCCUCUCCCGCCGUUAAGGAAAUGGGGUAUCCGAUCGUCUUCAUGUACGGCGAGAACGACUGGAUGGACGUAGCGGGCGGCUUAGCAGCUGAGGAGAAGCUCAAGCAAGCUAAGGUUAAUCUAUUACUACACGGUACUGAGGAAGAGAAACGAAAGGAUAAUGGGGCUGCGAAGGUCAUCAUCGUUAGUAAGGCCGGGCAUCACUUAUACCUCGACAACCCGAACGAAUUCAACGACUACGUCCGUAAGGAGUUGGAGGAAACUCGACAACAGACGAUUCGAGAAAAGAGGUCGUCCUAGGUGUGGUUUCGAAGCUUAUAAGAUGUUGUUUUGGAGAUGCAUUGCCUGGCGUUCCGGUUAUGUCUUAGAUUAGAAGACUUGUGGAUGACGAUAGUACGAUAAUAAUGAUCAGGGAAGAUACAUCCUAUUGCGACCUAUUCACAAGUUAUAUUAUACCAUAUAUGACGUCGGCGUAUAUAUAUUUCCUUAAUUAAGGGGCCAAGGUCCUUACAGUUAUAAUGGAUUAUUGUUAUACCAUAGGCUGUCGUUGUAUAUCUCUAUUUUACUGUAGGUAGUUUUCAAAUAGCG